AUGAAGGGGUGGUUUGAUGCUUUCCGCGAGGAAAGCGGGCCGACCCUGUACGCUUAUCACAACCGCACAGCCGUCGCAGCCGACGUGCCUGCACUUGCGCUGCUUGUCGCCGCACUCACACUCUACCUUGCGUUCCUUGUGAUCUUCCCCGGCAUCAGGAAAGAGAGAUUUUCUACAUUCACGAUCGUCACCCUUAGUUUAUUCGUAGGAACUGUGAUUUUAGUGUGUAAGCAUGGAUCAUCGUGGCACAUAGCGGGUUCAAGGGUAUCUCGAGCCGCGUACCGAGCCUUCUCCGCCGAACGACUCGACUGUUGGCUCGCCGUCCACGUCGGCUUGGGCCACGUCAACGUUACUCUUGCUGCCUUAUCUUGGGGUAACUUAUCUACAGGAGACCCAGGGGUGGACUACAAUGAGCAAUUUCGUUGGGAAGACGCUGGCGCAAUUCAGGAAUGGUACCGUGCCGGACUUUUACGAGGUCUACCAUAUCCCGUAUUGUCUGUCGCAGAACAUUUUGCAGCGGAACAUGAAGGUUUUGAAUGGGGCGCCAAGUAUCGAGCAGCUGGAUACACAACUGCAACGUUAUUAUGGACGUCGCUGGCACUAUGGCUACUGAUGAACCUCCUACUGGUCGUGGUUCCGCGAUAUGGAGCGUAUGCUAUGGCGUCACUCGGUGUCACAUUGUGUGCAGCGGCCGGAGGGUACUGGGCUUCACUGCCCAAUGUUCCCUUAGUAGUCAGAAUUGAUGGAUCCAUGCUGUUCUUUUCCUUAGGCUGGUGUUUCUGGCUAGUUUUAAUUGCAGGUUGUAUUUGCGUGGUAGUUGGUCUACUAAUUGCCGCAUUGGACCUUAUGUGGCCACACCGUUUCUCUACAGUUCUAGAAGUGGACUACGACACGCCGUACGACAGACACGUCCUCAUAGUGGACAGUCGACAGAGAGCGCGCCCGCAGACUCAAAGUUCGCUACCUUCUAGAAUACUUAGGAGACUAUCAUCAAAGACUCGCGAUCCCGAGCGUCAAGUGUCGAUGUCCAUAGUGAAUGAGAGUGGUGGUCGAGACAAUCCCGCCUUUCAGCAUGAACAGCGAAAGCCCAAUUCCCCGUGGAGGUACCCUCUGUUCAGACGACAGAUAGAUCGUGUUGAUUCGGCGUCCAGUAUGGGUUCAAGUAUAAAUGGUAACAGUUCCGGAAUCAAAAUGUCACCAAUAGGUAGUCCACCUUCUAAUUCACUUUCAAUGUCGCCACAGAGAUAUCGACCACAACUACCUGCUACAGAACGUGUUAAAGAUAUGUGGUGAUAGCGACUAAGAUAAAGAAAUAUUUGUGAUUUCAAGUGAUACAAAAUCAAAACAGAGAUAACUGUGUUUAAAAAAUAGUCGGAAAAUAUAUAGUGGUGGAAUGAUAGUAUUAUUUUAAUUAAGAAAUUAUAAUAAGUGAAGCCUAUCUCUAUUUUAUUAGUAUAUAAGGGACGUGUAAAUAUGUACCUAAUUUAGUUGUAAGCAAAUUAAAUUAUAAACGAACAGUUCCGUCCAGUGUCAUGGUUAUAAUAAUGUAUCUAAAGUUCUGUACCUCGUUUUACUAUUUUUGUAUAGUUUCAUAGAUUUAAGUCUACGAUUAUAUCGACAGAAGUGAAUGCUUCGUGCCAUUUGUAAAUAUAACGAUGACGUUAAAAUCACAACUACGAGUAGAACAAACAGAUAAUUAAUAUCAGUUGUAGUUUUUUAAAAAAUAACGUAAGAUGAAAUCAAAACCAUUUAAGUAGGGCUUCACGAGAGGCUAAUAAAUUGAGAAAAAAUAAUAAGUAAUUGACACAGCUUAUUUCUUUUUAAAUAGAUUUGACAUAAACAUUUGUUUGCAUUUUUACAAAAAAAAACGUAUGUUAAAUAAAUGUUGACUAAAAAUAAAAUGAUUUUAUUUGCAGGAGUAGGAGUCAUUUAGUGAAAUAGUUAAUAAUAAGUUAUUUAUUUUGUAAUACUUGAUAAAAUAUCGAAUGAAUCAGCCAUUUUAUUAUCACAAUCUUAUGCUACUCAUUAAAAUACUUAUAAAUAUAUACCUAUACGUUUUCAAUGUUGUGAAAAUGUGUUUGCAAUAGUGAUAAUGUAUUUCAACUUUUCUUUGUAAUUUGCUUUAAAAAGUGUGAAUACAUCGAAAUAUUUAUUGUGAUCAAAAUACAUCAAUUUAAAAUGUGA